CCAGCUGCUCCCUUCCCACCGCCCCAGGAAGGUUGUGGGUUCUCACAGCAGCUGACGUGUCUCUCGCCGAGGAGAGGGCUGGAGCAGGGUGGCAUGGCGAGGAGAAGGCGAGCUGGUACCAUGGGCACUUCCAUCUUCCCGUGCCUCUUUGUCAUCCUGCUUACCAGAUGCUCCCCAGCAGGGUGUGCUGGAGGGAGCGACUCUGCAUCCCACAGCACAGCCAGCGCCACAGACAAACCUGUCCUCUUAGACAACAUCCCGGAUGCCGAAGCCUUCAUCAGUGGUGCAGAGGUGGCAGUCAUUGGAUUCUUCCAGGACCCGCGGAGCCCCGAAGCGGAGCAGUUUCGCCUGGCGGCCGGACAGAUCGCGGAGGUGCCCUUCGGCCUCAGCAGCAGCGCCGCCGUCCUGUCCCACUACGGCGCCUCGGAGAACACCGUGGUGCUGUUCCGCAGGGUAGACAAUGACCGACGGGAUCUGGAUAUGAACAACAGAGAGGUUGAUGCCAAGAAGCUGACUCGCUUCGUUCGGAUGAACGAGCUCCGCCUGGUGACAGAGUACAACCCUGUGACAGCAAUAGGUGUGAUGCAGAGCUCACUCCAGUUUAACCUCCUCCUGAUCACAGACAAGAUGUCUCCAAAGCACCCUGAGCGAAUGCGCAAGUUUCGGGCGGCGGCAGAGCUCUACAAGGGGAAGAUUCUCUUUAUCCUGUUAGAUAGCAAUUUGAAGAGCAAUGAACGAGUAUUGUCGUACUUCCAGCUGAAGAAGUCCCAGCUGCCAGCUCUGGCUAUAUUCCACACACCAGAUGACGAGCACGAAGUGUUGACUGUGGAUGACAUCUCCAUUGAGCGUGUACAGGACUUCUGUAAUCGUUUCCUACAAAGAAUGCCAAAGAAAGAAGACAAAUCUGAGGAGAAGCCCCUCAAUGAAGAACUCUAAUUCUUUCUCAGCCAAGAGGAUGACUGUAGCCAGAGUCUGAUUCUGGUGUAUGAAGAGUUCACUCUGCCCUACAGCUCAGCAAUUCCUGAGCCAAGUCAGUCAUGGAUUCCCAUCAUCCUUCCAUGUACAUACAUGCUGCAUGUCCGUCCUCUUCAGGAAUCUCUUCUCUCUUAUCUCUUCUCAUUUAUUGGCUCCAGAGCUCUUUUUUUCAGUACUUCAAGACCUCUGGUAUUGCACUACAAUAUGUCUUUCUGUGCCACUGUUGGAGCAAAGGGUGGCACACUAAAAUGUCAAUAUCAGAAGUAAAGCUAGUAGUUCCAGGGAUCUGUUUCCCUCAUUCUUUUGGGUUUUGGUGCCAUGCGGGGAUCCACUGUCAGCCUUGCCUGAUACUACAAACAGAUUUGUUGCUUGAUAUCACAUUAAUUUUUCCAUUUAUUUUACUAAUUAAAGCAGUAAGUGAAUGGCCUGAA